AUGACAGAGGGAGCAGAUCUUGGUGAAGUAUUGUCCAACGCUCAAAUAACAGAAAUAAGACARGCAUUUGACGAAACAGCCAAAGGRAACGAGACUAUUUCAAGCGAAAAACUCGGCGAAGUCAUGGAGCGGUGUGGAGAGGAAGUACCAAAGUACAAACUUCGYCAGAUUUCAGAAGAUCUGCAAAAAGAGACUGGCGGAWCRAUAGAUUUUCUUCACUUUUUAAAGCUUUUUAAGAGUUUAUCAUUGAAGGCAGUAGGUGGUUCGUACAAAAAAGCUAUUGACAAGCGCCAUGGAGUUGAACAGGUCGACGUAUCAUCAGCAUCAGCCGAAGGAACAAAGCACUCUUUCUCCACCGAUGAAAUGAUUGCUUUUACUGACUGGAUUAACUCUUGCCUUGAAGAUGAUCCUGACCUAGCAGGGAAAUAUCUCCCAAUAGAUGAGCWAUCUUCUGAUGGUUUAUUCAAAGCGAUACAGGAUGGUGUUCUUCUGUGCAAGUUGAUUAAUUUUUCCGUUCCUAACACUGURGACGAGAGAGCAAUCAACAAGAAAAAACUCARUGUGUACACAAUACACGAGAAUCAAACUCUUGCUCUCAAUUCAGCUAUGGCAAUUGGUUGCAAUAUUGUGAAUAUUGGUGCACAGGAUUUGAUUGAGUGCAAGCCUCAUCUGGUACUUGGGAUUCUGUGGCAAGUUAUAAGGAUUGGAUUAUUUGCUAAAGUGACCAUACAAAACUGUCCUGGACUAGUUCGUCUGUUGGAAGAAGACGAAACGCUCGAAUUCUUGAGACGCAUGCCCCCUGAAGAUGUUCUUUUACGAUGGUUUAAUUACCACUUAGAAGGCGCUGGUCACCACAGACGUGUGAAGAAUUUCUCGGCUGAUAUUAGUGAUUCUGAAAACUACAGUGUACUUUUAAAUAGGAUUGCCCCACUAGAACUCGGCAUCGACACUCCUCAUGUUGUAGAAUCAGAUCCCACCAAACUGGCAACUUUAGUUCUUGAAAAUGCCAAGAAAAUGGGCUGUAAGAAGUUUGUACGACCCAAAGACAUCAUUCAAGGAAAUCCUAAACUCAACUUGGCGUUCGUGUGUAAUUUGUUCAACACCUACCCGUGUUUAGAGCCAUUGGAGGAUGAAUUGCCAGAGAUCGAGGAAACUCGCGAAGAGAAGAUGUUUCGAAACUGGAUGAACAGCCUUGGAGUGAAGCCUUAUGUGUAUAACCUGUUUGCAGACAUUGAUGAUGGUAUUGUUCUUGUGCAACUGUUUGAGCAGGUAAACGACAAACUUGCUUCGGCGGGUAAAAACACAAAGAUCGCAGGAUUCAAAGAUUCAGAAAUAAAAACCAGUCAAUGCGUGGUGGAUUUGAUUGACGCCAUCAAACCAGGAAUCAUUAAUUACGCUAUGAUGUCAACAGGAGAGAAUGAUGAAGAUGACCUCAUUAUGAAUGCAAAGUAUGCAAUCUCUAUGGCAAGGAAACUUGGGGCUAGAGUCUACGCCCUCCCUGAAGACCUGGUUCAAGUCAAAUCCAAAAUGGUGCUCACAGUGUUUGCUUGYUUAAUGGCUCAGGCGCUUACUAAUAAGAUGGAUUAAGAUGGGUUUUAUAGAUUCUGAAAUAAGGAAUUGUUCAACACAUUUCGACACGCUUUUUUUCUGAUCUGAAGAUAAAUGCUGCAGAAAGA